AUGCAUCUUCACUGCAGAAGAUCGAAACCAUGCCACAACAAUACAACUUCAAAACAACAUAGCCCACAGACAACCCGCGCAAGCUCUGCACCACAGCCCUCAACAUCCUCUAUCCUUAAUCGUUCGUUCUGGACCUGCCGCUCCUCAUGGAAGCGCGCACGAAUCAACACCCUGCGGUGCCUCAUCGGCUGCACCAUCGGUGACUUCUCCGCCCUCUGGAUGCUGCAAAGCUUUACCCCAGAUCUCGGGAUGGGCACGAUUAUGGGACUAUCCAUGGCCUCCGGCAUCACCACCUCCAUCCUUCUUGAAACAUAUCUCCUCUGGCGGGGCGCAGACCAGCUUUCCCUGCCGAUGGCCUGCCGGACGGCCAUGGGGAUGAGUAUGGUCUCCAUGCUGGCGAUGGAGAUCGCCGAGAAUGCGGUGGAUUAUCAUCUGACGGGGGGCGUGGUCGCUGUCGGGGACCCGCAGUUCUGGCUGGCGGCGGGCGUGUCGGUGGGCGCGGGGUAUCUGGCUCCGUUGCCGUAUAACUAUUGGCGGUUGCGGAAGUACGGGAAGGCUUGUCAUUGACCUU